AUGUCGUCUUCGACGCCGUCCUCACGCCGCCGAGGGCAUUCCUCUCGCAACUCUCAGUCCUCCACUCCAGCUCAACAAUCUCAAUCCACGCCCAGGACUACAAGACGCGCACUCAAUGGGGCAUCCGCAGUUGCGUCCUCCUCGCCGUUUUCCUUCCAUUCGUCUCCUGCUCAAGCAACUCCCGCGCCGCCUUCGCAGCUGGCAAGCGAUGGAAUGCUCAUCAGCUCCCCUCCCCGACACUCCUCCGAGGUAGGUGACCGUGAGGCAACUCCUCGCGCGUCAACCCGGCCCCUGGGAGACUCAUCCCCAGUCAGAUAUGAUGCCAGCUCGAGCCCGGUGCGAAGUUCCCAGCAACCGCGGUCCGAUAUUCGCAGCAGCAGCAGUGCCCUUUUUGUCCGCCAGGACCAACAACCAAGAAUAUCCUCCCGGAGAGGUGACAUCCAUUCCGAUGCAUUUGCGCCCUCGCCAGCUCCCCGUCGUCGAAUCUAUAUUGGCGAGGAUGGCAUGCCCAUUCGGGAUGGAAAUGAUCCGACCUCAGAGGCCACGUUCUCAAACCUCAAUCCUGACACGUCCGAGGCUGACGCAAUGGGAGGUGACUCGACCAGAGUCAUCUGGGGCACAAAUAUAUCGGUCGUAGACUCCAUGGCUUCGUUCAAGAACUUUCUCUACAAUUAUGCUAAGAAGUAUCGCAUGUGGGCCGACGGGGCCACAGAAGAGGAAACAAGUGCUCUUGGAGCGCUUGCCGAUGAAAAGGAGUAUCUGACAAUGCUUCAGAACAUGAGAAGGAUGGGUAUUCACCCGCUUAACUUGGACGCCCGCAAUCUUAAAGCAUACCCUGCGACAUUGAAAUUGUGGCACCAGCUCCAGGCUUAUCCUCAGGAAAUUAUCCCUUUAAUGGAUCAGGCUGUAAAGGAUGUCAUGGUGGAAUUGGCUCAGAAGGAGAUGCAAGAGUUACGCCGAGCUCAUACGCUUGGUCCUGCCCUGCGCGCAGCGAAUGGGAGCUCAAUGCCUCCCAUGCCGUCUUCUGAUCUGGGGCGAGGAACGCCAGGGACGGGGCCUGCUGCCGACGAAAUUCCUGACCUGGUUGAAGAAGCACAGAUGCAGGCUUGGAAGGUCAUGCCAUUUGGGUUGGACAAGACGAUCAACAUGCGCGAGCUCGACCCAGCGGACAUUGACAAGCUGAUUUCGGUCAAAGGACUUGUCAUUCGAACGACCCCAGUCAUUCCCGACAUGAAGGAGGCCUUCUUCAAAUGCACCGUUUGUCAACAUACGCUGUACGUCUCAAUCGAUCGCGGAAAGAUCGCAGAACCGAUCGAGUGCCCGCGCCCUGCUUGCAAAUCCAAGGACAGCAUGGAGAUCAUCCAUAAUCGCUGCAUAUUUGCGGACAAGCAAGUGAUCAAGUUGCAAGAGACCCCGGACUCGGUUCCGGACGGACAGACGCCUCAUAGUGUGUCCCUUUGCGUAUAUGAUGAUCUGGUCGAUGUCUGCAAAGCUGGUGACAGAAUAGAGGUGACUGGCAUUUUUCGAAGCAACCCAGUUCGUGUCAAUCCGCGUCAACGCACAGUCCGAGCGCUGUUCAAGACUUAUGUGGAUGUUCUGCACGUGCAAAAGGUCGACAAACGCAAGUUGGGGAUUGACGUGUCAACGAUAGAGCAAGAGCUUUCCGAGCAGCUUGCAGGCGAUGUUGAGCAGACUCGAAAAGUGACAGCCGAGGAGGAAGCCAAAAUCAAGGAAACAGCCGCUCGGGAAGACAUCUAUGAGCUCCUCUCGAGGAGUCUGGCUCCAAGCAUCUAUGAGCUGGAAGACGUCAAGAAAGGCAUCCUCCUACAAUUGUUUGGCGGCACGAACAAGACAUUUGCAAAGGGUGGCAGUCCCAGAUACAGGGGCGACAUUAAUGUCUUGCUGUGUGGUGAUCCAUCCACCUCCAAGUCCCAGCUCCUGCAAUACGUCCACAAGAUCGCGCCGCGAGGAGUCUAUACAUCUGGCAAGGGUUCCUCAGCAGUCGGGCUGACGGCGUACGUAACGCGGGAUCCCGAAUCCAGACAGCUCGUCCUCGAAUCCGGGGCUUUGGUCCUUUCCGACGGCGGCGUCUGCUGCAUCGAUGAAUUCGACAAGAUGAAUGAGUCUACUCGCUCGGUGCUGCAUGAAGUCAUGGAACAGCAAACCGUCUCCAUUGCGAAGGCGGGCAUCAUCACCACGUUGAACGCAAGGACAAGCAUCCUCGCCUCAGCGAAUCCCAUCGGGAGCAAGUACAACCCGAACCUCCCAGUGCCCCAGAACAUUGACCUUCCACCGACGCUGCUGUCGAGGUUUGAUCUCGUUUAUCUCGUGCUGGACCGUAUUGAUGAAGUGAAUGAUCGGAGACUUGCGAAGCAUUUGGUGGGCAUGUACCUCGAAGACACGCCGGAUAAUGCGUCGAGGGAGGAGAUUUUGCCCGUUGAAUUUCUUACCUCCUAUAUCUCGUACGCCCGCAACAACGUCCACCCCAGCAUCACCCCGCCGGCCGCCAACGCCAUGACAAACGCCUAUGUCGCCAUGCGCAAUCUCGGAUCCAACAUCCAAGCCUCGGAGAAACGCAUCACCGCGACCACUCGCCAGCUGGAAUCGAUGAUUCGUCUGUCCGAAGCGCACGCCAAGAUGAGACUCUCGCCUAUCGUCGAGGAGAAGGACGUCGACGAAGCGGUGAGAUUGAUCAAGUCGGCGAUCAAGGCGAGCGCCACAGACGCACGCACGGGUCUGAUCGACAUGGGCUUGUUGAGCGAGGGUGGCGGUGUCGGCGAACGGCGGCGCAGAGAAGACCUCAAACGCGCCGUGCUGGAAGCGUUGGAUAUGGACGGCGCGAUCCGUAGCGGCGGGGCCAUGAGGUACACAGAUCUCUAUCGCAAAGUUGCCGAGGGGAGUAGUCUCGAGGUUGAGGGGACUGAGUUCAACGACGUCGUCAAGGCGUUGGAGGUUGAAGGGAAAAUCACCGUGACGGGCGACGGCGCCAGGAGAAAUGUGAGGCGUAUCACGGGCGUUUGA